ACCACCCGUAGAAAGUUCACGCUUCAUGACUAUUUUAAGAAUAGCUGGACUAUCAUUUUCUCUCAUCCUGCUGAUUUCACACCAGUGUGCACUACGGAACUUGGCAAGAUGGCAGCUUACCUGCCGGAGUUUGAAAAACGAGGGGUCAAGCUUCUGGGAUUCUCUUGCGAUGAUGUGCAGUCGCACGAGGAGUGGAUCAAGGACGUUCUUUUUUCUUGACCUCGUUGCAGGGUGACAUACCCAAUCGUGGCAGAUCCCAACAGAUAGAUCAUCAAGCAACUUAACAUGGUGGACCCCGAUGAGAAAGACUCUUCAGGGAACCAACUCCCAUCUCGAGCUCUGCACAUCGUGGGCCCUGAUAACAAGAUCAAGCUAAGCUUCCUUUAUCCUGCAUGCACUGGGCGCAACAUUAAUGAAGUGGUGAGGGCCCUGGACUCCCUGCAGAAGUCAUCGAAGUACAAGGUUGCAACACCAGCGAACUGGAAACCAGGUGAUCCUGUGGUGAUUUGUCCUUCCGUGACCAACGAGGAAGCCGAAAAAAUGUUCCCUCGAGGUUUUGAGACUCAAAAACUUCCAUCCGGGAAGGAUUACCUGCGUUUCACUUGUGUUAACUGAUGGUUGGGGAGACUUGUAUACUUCAAAGUAUAUCCAACAGGACUCAAACAUAUAUAUAUAUUUCAUAUCCAAGACUCCUUUGAGUUCCGGUUUUCUGCUUGCAGCUACUCUCUUUCACUAUCAUAGACUCGAUAGAGUUCAUCUUUGUCUUUCAAAUUUACCAUGUAAGGACUGCUUUCAGUUUAAUAAAGUUGUCCUCUUUGAUGA